GUAAUUUGACUCAAGUUGUGAAUUACUCUUCUCUUUCCUUGGAGAUUACUCAUUCAUCUUCGUUCGUCCUAAGAGAGAGAGAGAGAGAGAGAGAGGGGAAAAAGGGAAGACUCUUGGGUUCUCGAAUAGAAUAAGACCCGAUAAUAGGGAAAACACCAUAUUUCCUCGCCGGUGUUAACACAGAGAGAGGCCCAGAUUUGAGUGACGUUAGAUCUGAAAUUUCUCUCUCUCGUUAUAUCGCUAAUGGGGCAGUCUGCCAUGGGUUUUUCUCAUUGCUUCUUAUCUAUUGUUCUCAUCUUCGCUUUCACUAGUUUUCUAGCUUCCGCAGAGAUACGAUCCUCGGAGAUCCGAUCAGAUGACCGACCCAUCAUCCCUUUUGACGAGUUCGGCUUCAACCACGCCGGCCGCCUGGAGCUCAACGUAUCGCGGAUCUCGCUCUCGAACUCCAACCCGGAUCUGGACCUAUCCAAGGUGGGCUUCUUUCUCUGCACCCGUGAUGCGUGGGUGCAUGUGAUACAGCAACUGGAGGAGGGUGAGGUCUCAUGCGCACUCCAAUCCGAUCUGGUCAAGCCCGUUUUCACUUUCAACAAACUCAAAGGUGAUAAGAAGAGUUUUGAAACUGUAUACAGCGAAAACGACGCCGACCAAUACACCUUGGUCUUUGCCAAUUGCCUCAAUCAAGUCAAGGUAUCCAUGAACGUUAAAUCCGCCAUGUACAAUCUCGAGGGCAAGAACCGUAGCCGCGAUUACCUUUCCGCCGGCAAAACUAUCCUUCCUAAGGUUUAUUUCCUGCUCUCUUUAAUCUACUUCUGUCUCGCGGGUCUGUGGAUCAGCGUUCUGUAUAAGAAACGACUCACCGUUUACAGGAUCCAUUUCUUCAUGUUGGCCGUUGUUAUAUUGAAAGCCUUGAAUCUCUUGUGCGAGGCUGAGGACAAAUCGUACAUCAAGAGAACCGGGAGCGCGCACGGGUGGGAUGUGUUGUUCUACAUGUUCAAUUUCUUGAAGGGAAUUACUCUUUUCACUCUGAUCGUUUUGAUCGGCACUGGGUGGUCGUUCUUGAAGCCGUACUUGCAGGAUAAAGAAAAGAAGGUGUUGAUGAUCGUGAUUCCCCUCCAGGUUGUUGCUAACAUCGCCCAGGUUGUGAUCGAUGAGAAUGGCCCAUAUGGUCAUGAUUGGAUCACCUGGAAGCAAAUUUUCCUUCUGGUAGAUGUGGUUUGUUGUUGUGCGGUUCUGUUCCCGAUCGUUUGGUCGAUCAAGAACCUGCGUGAGGCAGCUAGGACUGACGGGAAGGCCGCAGUGAAUUUGAUGAAGUUGACUCUGUUUAGACAGUAUUACAUUGUGGUUAUCUGCUACAUUUACUUUACUCGUGUAGUGGUUUAUGCGCUGGAGACUAUUACUUCCUAUAAAUAUCUUUGGACCAGCGUGGUAGCUGGAGAAUUGGCUACGCUUGCUUUCUAUGUGUUUACGGGUUAUAAAUUCAAGCCAGAGGCUCAUAACCCGUACUUUGUAGUCGAUGAUGAGGAGGAGGAGGCUGCAGCGGAGGCGCUGAAGCUUGAAGAUGAGUUUGAAUUGUGAUUCAAAACUAUUAUUUUUGGAGAUUGGUUCAUGUAGUGGAUGGUGCAGUGAUCAAAACAAGACGAUGAAAGGUAGAAAUCCCAGCAUAACAAUCGCUCCUCUCAUGUUCAUUUUCACUGUUAUAGGCGAAAUGUUAUAGUUUGUACCCUGUUUUCCCUGUCAUGUUUUUGAUAUACUGUGCAUGUCCGUCCCUCUCUUUCCCCCUCUUUUCCUCUGGAGUUAAAUAGGAUAAUUUCAUAAAAUUCCAUGGAUGCUUGUGAACAGAUAGUAUGUAUAAGUAUUAAUACCUGAUUUUUUGCAUCA